AAUAAAAAUGGUUUCCUACUGAACCAUCUUUAAACUGGGCCAGCAGAGACUAGCCUGGGAGAAGCUAAACUUCCCACUUCAAGACUUCCUGGGAUCAUGCAGCUUUAGCUUCAUCUCUGCCAUUUCUACCCUUCUACCAAGAAGAAGAAGGAAACAUUUACAAGUGAUCAGUGAAAGAAAGGAAGCAGAUGGCUGUCUUCUUUCCUUCCCUGUUUCUACUCGUCCUUCUCUGGAGCACAGAACUGGGAGCUGAAGGUCAAGAAGUGCACAUUGGACACUGUCGAGUACAGCGGGCAAUUCUUCAAGAGUUGUGGAGGGCCUUCCAGGCUAUGAAAAGCACGGUGCAAGCCCUGGAUCAUAACACUGAAACCCGGCUGCUGCGGCAAGAGUUUUUCCAGAAUGCCACGUGGGCUGAAAUCUGUUGCCUCAACUAUUCCCUGCUGGAUUUUUAUUUGAGCAACAUUUUCAAUAACUACCACACUAAGGCAGCCGAACUUGGAAUCUUGAGACCAUUCAUUACUUUGGCCAACAACUUCUUUGUCGUUUUGAAGAAACUUCAGCAUUGUAAGGAAAGAGGGAUGUUUUCUUUAAGUGAGAAUUCCGAGAGGAAAUUUCAGCUAUUCCAGAAAGAAUUUACCAAGUUGCACCCAGAAGCAAGGCUGACAAAGGCCUUGGGAGAAGUGGAUAUUCUCUUAUCCUGGAUGGAGAAAGCCUUUCGGCCUUGAUGCUGCAACCUACUUGCUACCAACAUUCCCCCUCAUUUCAAUUGUAUACCACUUCCGGUGGUUUCUCUAUGUGUCAUUUUUUUCCUGCCAGACUGUUAUGUUCUCAGACUGUGCCCAGACUGCUUCCAGCCUCUCUACAUUCCAUUUUUAGUAGCUACAACUCAGCUAAUCUACUCAUGGAGGCUACCCUAAGUUGCUGGGAAUAAUUCUCAAAAAAGAUGACAAAGUACCAGCUAAUUGUAAACUGUAUUUAUUCCAGAUGUAUUUAAUAAUUUAUUUUUAUUUAUAUGGGGAAACUGUAAGUCCCUUUUAUUUAUAUGGGAGUACUGUAAAAGGACCAGGGCUCAGAUCCUAUUUUUGACCCUUAGCAUGCUGUGUGACCUUAACUUAACUUCUCUGGGUCCCACUUUUCUCACUUAUUAAAGGAGAGGGUUGAACUUAGAUAGCCUCCAACUGCCUUUUAAAUUGGAUCUUGGAUCUAUGGAUUAAAUAUUUUCACUCUGGUGUCUGGUACAGAGCUGGGGAGUACAAGGGAAGUGCUUAAUAAACACUGAAUUAACCUGAAGGUGUUGACUAGUUUUUUCCUCCUCUUGC